AUGGACCUUUCCAGAACCAGAUGCAGACUCUGGAGGGAGCUGGUUCUCCUGGCCAGUCUACUGGCCUGGGGGACCCACCAAGCCUCUGGCCAAAUCUACAUCAGCCCAGAGUCACUCUUAGGGUUCAAGGGACUUCGGACCAUCAUCGUCCUCGAGAAUGCCACUGAAGAUGCUCUAGAAUUCAGCUGGCACCGUGGUGCAAAUGACACUGAGGACAAUAUGAUCGUCAGCUACAAACCUCCCUCCAAUUCCUGGCAGACUGGGCCCAUGUACAGAGGCCGGGAGAAUGUGACCACGUUAGGUGACCUGAUGAUCAGGCGAUCUGCAUUAAAUGACACAGGGAACUACACUGUGAGGGUGGACACUGGCAAUGGGACCCAGACAGCAACCGGCUGGCUUGAAAUACAAGAUGUGGAAGGCAAGCCAGACAUCUGGGCCAACGCCACCUCUCUUAUAGAAGACAUGGAUUCUGUGGCUGCCAUUUUCUACACCAAUGCCACCACUGUCAAGUGGUAUGUGGAUUUUACACUGGUGUCCAGCAGUGACCGGAUGACAAUCUCCCCGGACCUCAAGACCCUUGUCAUUCACAGAGUCAGCCGCUAUGACAGAACACUUCACUGCGAGAUAGACAGCAUCCUGGAGAUUCCUCAGUAUAGUAAAAUUAUCUCUCUGACUGUGGCCUAUGGGACAGACAAUGUGCGGCUGAGUACCAGUCCCAUUACCUCCAAAGGCGUCCUGUCUGCUAAGAUCAGCUCCCAGGUGAUGAUGGAGUGUGAUGCCAUUUCCAAACCCAGUCCCAUGUACCAGUGGAUCCACAAUGGCUCUCUCCUGAGCUUCUCGGAGGCAAGCGUCACUCUCCAAAGUCUGACCUGGGACCAGAUGGGCAAAUACAGAUGCAUCGUGGCGAACCCUGUGAUCCAGCUGACCUUGUAAAGGGAAUUCCAGAUCCAACUGUCCCGGGACACAACUCCUGUUGUGAACAAAGGUUUCUACAUCUCAGGAGCCAAAGUGGUGUGGCUCAUUGUGUUCACAGUCCUGGGCAGCGUCUAAUUCUGUGGAAUCCUGAUUUACGCCUUGAUCAGCCAUUUCUCCACCAGGUGCCUCUUGCCCUGGGUCAAGGGCAGCCCCGGUUACCCAGUGUCCGCCUUAGAACAUGAGGACAAGACCAAAUGGGCAAAAAGCUCAUCCUCAGAUGGGCUGACCAGCACUGUCUUCUGA